AUGUCUGACAAAGUCAACCAUGUUUUCAAGAAAUAUCUCAACCAGCUUCAGCUUCAUCCUCUCAGAACCAAGGCAAUUACUGCAGCAGUUUUGGCUGGUUUUAGUGAUGCAGUUGCACAGAAGAUAUCUGGGGCCAAGAAGCUUCAGUUGAGAAGGCUGCUUCUUUUCAUGCUCUAUGGUUUUGCCUACUCAGGACCCUUUGGACAUUUUCUCCACAAAUUGAUGGAUAAAAUUUUUAAGGGGCAGAAAGGCAAUGACACUGUUGCUAAGAAGGUGAUCCUUGAACAGAUAACCAGUUCCCCGUGGAACAACUUUUUAUUCAUGAUGUACUACGGCUUGGUUAUAGAAGGAAGACCUUGGAGUACAGUCUUGAACAAAGUUAAAAAGGACUACCCUUCUGUUCAAUUGACUGCAUGGAAGUUUUGGCCUGUAGUUGGAUGGGUAAAUUACCAGUAUAUGCCUCUGCAGCUCCGUGUUGUAUUUCACAGCUUUGUUGCUGCUUGCUGGGGAAUCUUUCUGAAUCUGAAAGCAAGGUCUGUUGCAAUUAAGGCUGCGUAA